AGUCGUUUUGGCGAUUCACGCAUUCGAUAUUUGAAUUUUUUCCCUCAAAAAAAUCUUUUUUUUUUGUGGUUUCUCUAAAAAGUCCUGGCGUUACUAGGUGUUAAAGAUUGGGCUUUUGUGGAAUUGGUUUCUUGGCCAUUUUUUCCCUUUAGAAUUGAUAAACCGGAUGGUUUGUUUUUCUUCUUCGACCUCUUGUUUUGUUUUUCCCAAUCACAGCUUUUCAAGAGAGUAUGUGAUUUCGCGACUUAAUUAGGUUGGUUUGGAAGUCUUUUUUAUCUUGGACUCUGGUUUUAUCUUCACAUAUUAUUACUUCUUUAUACAACAAUCUAGAAAAAGGAAGGCUCCGCUAAAUUUGACACUCGUUGGGAAGUCCCUGAAGCUGGGUUUCUAUGAUUCGGAUGAGCCAAUGAGAGCUGUUAAACUGUCUCCUAACUGUGCUCUGCCUUUACCGACACUUUAUUUUUUUGGUAUUUAAAGCCUAAGCUUUGUAACUUCGUGAGGGCACUGAGGAAGGAAAGGAAAGAUAUGAAGAUGGGGAUAGCCAAGAAUGGCAAGCAAGCCAUGGAUAGUAUUUUGACCAAUUAGGACCACUUUUGAAAAAUUUGAAGUGCCCUUAUCUUGUACAUGACAAUGGUUAAUUCAAUUAUUGUGGAGUCAUCAACUGAACUACAAAAUGCUGAGCCUUUAGGAAGAUUAUCUAUACUUUCCUAUGGUGUUGGUCACAUGCUAAAUGACAUCACAUCAGCAUGUUGGUUUACGUAUUUGUUGUUAUUCCUGACAGAUAUGGGACUAAGUCCAAGGGAUGCAGCCAUUGUUAUGCUAUCCGGCCAAAUUGCUGAUGCCUUUGCCACAGUAUUUGCUGGAGAGCUGAUAGACCGGUUCGGGCACUUCAAACUAUGGCAUGCUGGAGGAUCAUUUUUGGUUGCCAUUUCUUUUUCAUCCGUUUUUGGUGGCUGCCUUCCCUGCAAAAUCUUGGGGACUAAUUCAUCUACAGUACAAACUAUUGGGUAUAGCACAUUUGCUGCAAUAUUUAACGUGGGUUGGGCUGCUACCCAAGUUUCACACAUGUCAAUGGUAAAUUGCAUCACAUUGAAUCCAACAAGCAGAGUUGCACUUGCAAGCUGUCGUAAUGCCUUCACAAUGGUAUCCAAUCUCAGUUUAUAUGCAAUUGCUUUAGCUGUAUUCAGUGUAUAUGAUGCCAAACAAUCUGCUGAUGUUAAGAUUGAGUACCGCUGGAUUGCAUACCUGUCGAUUUUCAUUGGAUGCUGCUUUGUGGUCAUAUUUCUCAUUGGAACCAAAGAACCGGAGUUGAAGCUUCAAGUCCAGUGUAAAGAUCUUUCUAGAAUUUCAUGGGCCCACUGGUUCAAGAAGGUUUUAUACUAUCAAGUUGCUCUUGUUUAUAUGCUUACUCGACUAGCAACCAAUGUUUCACAGGCACUUCUUGCAUUCUAUGUCAUUGAUGACUUGAAAAUGAAUCAUUCUUCAAAGGCCUUGGUACCUGCCAUUAUCUACAUUUGCAGCUUCAUGGUAUCUGUCAUGCUUCAGGAGAUUAGAUGGACUGGUUGGCGCCUUAAGGCCUUCUUUACUGGUGGGGCCAUUUUCUGGAUAUUUUCUGGUGCAGGAAUUUUUGUUCUUCCGAGCAAGCUCCAGAGUUUCAUGUAUAUUCUGUCAAUCACUAUUGGUGUUGCCAAUGCAUUAAUGAUGGUGACAGCAAUUAGCAUGGAAAGUGUCCUUGUUGGGGAAGACUUGAAUGGUUGUGCUUUUGUUUACGGAUCACUGAGUUUUCUGGACAAGUUGUCAUGUGGGCUAGCUUUAUAUGUUCUUGAAUCAUAUCAAGCAGGCGUGCCUGCUGCCAUGGACAAUCAUGUAGUGACAGCAGGUCACUUUUCAAUUAGCAGAUGCGGUCUAGGACUCAUUCCUGCAACUUGCGCACUUCUUUCAGCAAUUAUAACAUAUACUAUAAGGCUUCCUGACCGUUCAAGGACUUUAAUGGAGCCUCUUCUUGUGGGAUCAUAGGAAUCUUGAAUUUGGAACUUUUCUGUUGCAAUUUGAUUGAAAGAUCAGAUAAUGAGAUUGGCGGUGCUUCGAGGCAUAUUGCUUCGGUCCAGAUUAAAGCAAUUUAACAGAUUGGUCUCCAUACUAUCUCAUUCUAAGCUCUUGUAACCCAUCGUCUGCUUCCUAGAGUACCUUCAUUUUGUAUUAUCAUCAGAACUUUUGCAAAAGAAGUUGAUGCCAGGAGUGCCACAAAAGCAGUUGUGAUGAGGAGAGAGCUAAUUUAUAGCCUCACUUGCUGACAGACAGAUCUGCACAGAUUGAAAUAUUGUAUGCUAAAAAAGUUCUGGAUGAUCUAACGUUACAUUGGAUAUUUUACUUUUUUUGGUCAUGUAUUAUAUUAAACAACUUUGCUGUCCUUCAUUUUUUGGACAGCCAUGUACAUUGUAAUACAAGCACUUUGCAUGAUUUAUUGCAUAUUUGUUUUGUGUAGUUUCCCAUAAAAA